GUCAUACUGACCUUAACAAAACACUUUUCAAUUUGACAUGGACCUUUUAUUUACUCUCUAUUCAGUGAUGAUAUUUAUUGAAUUAUGUGUUUGACUGAAGUUUGACAAAGACUGGACAGUUGCUGUAUCGAUUACGAUUAUUCACAUGGGCUCCAAAGUUGGAAAGUUAAGUGAAGAAAAGAACAAGGCCGAUACAGCUCACAAUGACACCGAUAUUCCAUCAAAAGACGUAAAAGAAAAAUCACCAACAACAACAUUAAAGUCAAAAAAAAGUGUAGUUAAAACAAAAGUAGCAUCUGUGGCAUCGUUAAAAGCAACCAGUUCUAAGCACAGCGUACAUUCAAAACCACCAACAGACGCAAGCCCUAGUUUUAAGCACAGUGUACAUUCAAAACCACCAACAAACGCAAGUAUCGAUUCUAAGCACAGUGCACAUUCAAAACCACCAGCAGACUCAAGCCCUACUCUUAAGCACAAUGAGCAUUCAAAACCACCAACAGAAGCAAGCGCUAGUCAUCAGCAGAGUGUACAUUCAAAACCACCAGCAGACUCAAGCCCUACUCUUAAGCACAAUGUACAUUCAAAACCACCAACAUACGAAAGCCUCGAUUCUAAGCAAAAUGUACAUUCAAAACCACCAGCAGAAGCAAGCCCCAGUUUUAAGGACAGUGUACAGUCAAAGCCAUCAACAGACGCAGGUGCCGGUUCUGAGCACAAUGCAGCGUCUCCUGUGCCAUACGGAGAAAGAGAUGUCAUGAAGUCUUUAUACACGCUGGGAAAGGUACUGGGACUCGGUGGUUUCGGAACAGUGUAUGCUGCUCACCGCAAAUCAGACCACCGUCCGGUUGCAAUCAAAUUGGUUGCAAAAAAGCAUGUCGCCCAGUGGCAAAAGCUGCGCGGGGCUCAAGUCCCCAUGGAGGUGUACGCCCUGCACUUGCUGCAGCGCGUCACGGGCGUCAUCCUGAUGAUCGACUACUACCCACGGGCCGACGAUUUCGUGAUCGUCACGGAGAGACCCGAAGGAGCGAUCGACCUGCACGAGUACAUCACGGAGAACGGAGUGCCGCCGGAGGAGACGGCAAAGGACUACUUCUACCAGAUCGUGCAGGCGGUUAGCGGGAUCCACAAGACUGGCAUCUUCCACCGCGACCUCAAGCUGGAGAACGUGUUGCUGGACGACAAGGGAGUCAUACGGAUCAUCGACUUCGGGUCGGCCAUGCUGCUCAGAAGCACGGCCUACAAAGAACCUCUAGGUUCUCGAAUUUUUAGUCCCCCAGAAUAUAUUGAGCUCAAUCGCUAUCACGCCGAGGAUGCGACAGUGUGGUCUCUUGGAAUCGUGUUGUUUUCGCUGGUAAUCGGCACCAUCCCUUUCCACGACGAGGACGACAUCAUGAAUGCUGAAGACUUCGUGCACGCGCAGCUAUCAUUCACUGGAGGGCUAUCUCGUGAGCUUCAUCGCUUAAUAAGACAGUGUCUGCAGUUUAACCGAUACAACCGACCGAGUAUUGAAGGAAUAUUGGCAUCCGACUGGCUGCUGGAGCAUACUAUAAUGAUAAAGAGGAAGACGAGGAAAUUAAGGAAUAAGUUCAUGACAGGCGUGGAUCACGACCCUAGGCUGCUAGCCAGGAAAAGCGAACAUCAUCCUUAAAGCAUCCUUGUCCAGGGAUCCGCGCGUUGUCCGUACUUUUUCGCGGACAAUGACGUCAGUUGCAGAUUGCCACAUGUUACUAGUAUUCAACAUUUUUGUUGACUCUGCAAAUCUUAUAAAUCUGAAUUGUGCAGAACAUCGUGAAGACAAUGCCGGAAUAUUCUGUGGACAGUACCAUGACUGUGGGGGAUCUACUCUGCUUUGUUUUGAAUAUCCUGUAGACAUUGCCUGAAUUGUCGGACAUCUGCUGUUUUGAAUAUCCUGUAGACGGUGCCUUAUUUGUAGCGAAUCUGCUUUGCUUUGAAUAUUCUGUAGACAUUGCCUGAAUUGUGGGGGAUCUACUUUGCGUUGUUUUGAAUAUCCUGUAGACAGUGCCUAUGUGUCGCGAAUCUGCUUUGCUGUGAAUAUUCUGUAGACAGUGCCUUAUUUGUAGCGAAUCUGCUUUGGUUUGGAUAUCCUGUAGACAUUGCCUGAAUUGUCGGACAUCUGGCCUGGUAUUUGUAAAACUUUUAGAGUCUAGACUUGAGACUCUAAUAGAGUCUGAGACACUAACGUCAUGACAACGCCAUACAGAUUGUAUGCGUGUGACGUCAUUAGAGAUUGAGACUGGACUCUAAAAGUUUUAUAAGCACUGACCCUGCUGUUUUGAAUAUCAUGUAGACAGUGUGUUUUAUUUGUCGCGAAUCUGCUUUGCUUUGAAUAUCCUGUAGACAAUGCAUGAAUUGUCGGGAAUGUGGUAUUUUGGUAUGUACGUAUAGGUAUUGGGUUUUUUUUUAAACGUAUUCACUCAUGGUUUGUAUGUCAUGCUAACGUUGACAUAUCUGAUUACAUCUGGGUACAGAUUGAUAAUAAAAUGACUAUUAUAUC